UGCAGUUCUAAUUAUCCUCUGAAGUCUGUGUUUUUCUUGUUGGGUUGCAGAACCGAACCAGACAGUUAUAGAGGUGCAAAUGACAGACUCAAUAAUUCCUCUGUAGAACUGGAUCAGCAGCUCCUUGGGCAGUUUGAGCUUACUGAGUUGGCGCAGAAAGAACAUUCUUUGUUGUCCUUUUUUAAUGAUGUUUUUGAUGUUAGCUGUCCAUUUGAGAUCUUGCUAUAUGAUAGAACCCAGAAACAAGAAGCAAUGGGUGGAAACUGAUCAAAGAAAGAAGCAACUUAGAACUAAGGAGAAAUUUCCUGACAGUUAGAACAAUUAAUAAGUGGAACGACUUGCCUUCAGAAGUUGUGAAUGCUCCAACACUGGAAAUUUUUAAGAAAAUGUUGGAUAACCAUCUGACUGAGAUGGUGUAGGGUUUCCUGCCUGGGCAGGGGGUUGGACUAGAAGGCCUCCAAAGUCCCUUCCAACUCUGAUGUUAUGUUAUGUUAUGUUAACUCUAUUACAGAUAUCGUAUUUUUUACAGUCAAGUUUAGAAUGAUUUACAUUGAGUUUAAAGCAGUUGUUCGUGGGCGUAUUAUUGCAAUUAAACAGAAAAAGUCAUUUACAGGUAAAAUAUUACUAUGCAUAAUUUUGUAUGCAAUACCUACAAGCUACACAGUUCUAAGUUAUCCAACCCGAGAAUUUCGAGCCUAGUAGCAUAAGGAAUUCUACUCUGUACAGAAGAGUGCAAGACUUUUCUCGUGAAGUACUGAUUGUACUGAUGUCUGAUAUAUUCUGGGGAUUCCAAACAGUUGAACAAUACUCUAAAAUUGGUCUAGCGUAAGUUUUAUAAGCUCUAAUUAGCAAUAUCAUGUUUCCAGGAAAAAAAGUUUCACAAAAUUAAGUUUAGAACUCUUUAUGCUUUUUUAGCAAUGCUAUUACAGUGAGCUUUGGAGCCUAAAUCGUGAGGGAUAAGUACACCUAGGUCCUUAACAAAGUGAGAGUCAUCUGCUAGAUCAAUGCCACCUAGCUUAUACUUGACAUUCUGAUUACAUUUACCAAUAUGUAAGACAGAGCAUUUAUUAAUUGAAAUUUGAAGUUGCCAAACAGAUGACCAUUCAGACACACAGUCGAGAUCAUUUGCAAAACAACAGAAUUAUCUUAGAAUUGAAUAAUUUUACGUCAUCGGCAAAAAGAACACAAUUGCUUUUUAGUUGAUCAUAUAAAUCGUUGAUAUAGAGCAAAAAAAGUGUGCGACCUAAAACGCUGCCAUGCGGAACACCACUUAAAUUAUGCAGGAUUAGACAGCGAGUUCCCUAUUUUGACUUUCUACAAUCUAUCAGACAGGAAAGCAGCAAUCCACUUAAGCAAAAGUCCAGAAAUGCUCUAAGUGCUUAAUUUCAACAGCAGUUUAUCAUGUACUACUGUAUCAAAAGCCUUACAAAAAUCUAUGUAAAUUGCAUCAACAGUAUCAUGUUCUAUUGAUUGUGUUUUUGUUAUGUUGAAUUCUAGUAUGACAUGGUCACUGUCAAGGUUCCUUCAACUUCAAUUCCCUCUAUCACUUCAUCUGUGCUUGUAAGAAUUAGGUCUAGUAUGGCUGUCCUUCUCGUUCCCUCCUCUAUCUUUUGGACAACAAAGUUGUCAGCUAGGUUGGUCAAGAACCUAUUCGAUUUCUCAUUUAGUGCGGAAUUAGUCUUCCAACUGAUGUCAGGUAAUUGAAGUCCCCCAUUAGUAUUAUAGUGUGUUUCCUACAUAUAUUUCUUAGUUGGUUGGCAAAAAGGACACCUAUUUUUUCUGCUUGGUUGGGUGGCCUAUAAUAUACACCUAUGGCGGUGUUAUUCUUCUUUUCUUUUAUAUUAAUCCAUAUGCAUUCUAGGAGGUUUUCUUCCUGGUUUCGUGCAUUUCUGUAGCAAUGUAGUGGUCCUUUACAAGGCCCUCCUCUUUUAUGGGGUCUGGGGUUUUUUGAACAGUUUGUAACCUUCUAUCAGUAUCUUCCAGUCAUGGGUUUCAUCCCACCAAGUUUCUGUAAUUCCAACUACCUUCAUAUCUACCUUCAUAUUAAUAGUUCAAGUUCACUCUGUUUGUUCCCCAAACUUUGUGCAUUUGUAUAUAGGCACUUGAGGUCUUUAUAUUGGUCUGUGGGUAUGCUUCCUAUGUUUCCUAUUUGGUAUUUGAGUUUGUCUUCCUUUCCAUUCCUCCUUACCUCAUUAUUUGACUUGGUUUCUAAGGAUUUGUGCUUGGAGUUAGAGCCUUCUAAGUGUGCCUCAGGGCAAGCCCGUGAUCGCAACCCAGGAAUUUGAUGUCGGAGCAGCUUGAAAGCAGAGAUGAGUGCCCCCCCUCCGCGGCUCAGGCUGAAAAGCCUCUCACGCUGGGGGAUAUUAAGGCAAUCCGACUGUUUUUAAAAGAAAAAAAAAAGAGAUCCUAAAGAUUGGUCAUCCUCCCCCCUCAAUUUUAGUUUAACCCCCCCGAUAAGUUGAGCCAGUCAUUUUCCAAAAAUAUUCUUCCCAGUCUUCGUGAGAUGCAGCCCAUCCCUUGCCAAAAGCCUAUCAUGAAGGUAGUACAGACCAUGAUCCAGGAAUCCAAAGGUUUUUUGGCGACACCAACCCUUUAGCCAGUUUACUUCUAGAAUCCUUUGUUAUCUUACCAGGUGUUGACCUUUCGUUGGCAGUACAGAUGAGAAAAACUACUUGUGCAUCUAACUCCUUAACUUUCUUGCCUAGAUGCUUGUAAUCUCUCAAUAUUGUGUUCAAGUUCUUUUUUGUUUCAUUCAUCCCGACAUGUAGCAGUAGAAAAGGGUAGUAAACUGUGGGCUUUAUCUCCACUUUGGUCUCAUCUGUCUAAGGGAUAGUGUUCCAGAAGUUUUGUGAUUUGUUCACAAAGUUUUGUAACUUUGCAAAUGCAAGCGUUGCUGCCAUGUCCUUUUUAGAAAUCAGAGGCUUUCUCCUGGCAACCCUACCAAACGAACCAUACUUAUUCAGUCUUUUUCUAAUUGUACUGUCAUGAACUUUAACACUUAACAUGCUAAAUGAGGCCUGUAGAGCCUGAGAUGUAAUGCUUGGGUUUUUUGUAAUUUCUCUGAGCAUUCCACUGUCUGAACUUGGGGUGACUUUGCUGGGACUCACAUCGCAAUGCUGGAGACUAGGAAACUCCUACAACUUCGGCUUUUAUAGAUAUAGUCACAUUUGCUGAUGAUAAUUGAUCAAGGGCAUUUGAUCAAUAGCACUGGCUGCUGUGUUGCCUCUUCGUACCUAUGGAAGAAGUAAGAGUGUUUUUAGUUUUUCAUGUCUCUGUUAUGGCUUUGUUUUUGUAAAAAAAAAUGAUGACAUGGGUAUAAUGUGUCAUCUGUUUUUGUUCAUCUGACAUUAUAGUUACCCAUUUUUAAGAACUGCUAAGGUCUGGAUGAUUUUUACUAUGUCAUGAUAUGUAAAAUCAUAGAACACAAAGAGGGUGUACUUUCUUUUUCACAUAACUGUAUUUGAAACUUUUGCACAUAAACUUUUGCAGGGCUGAGAAUUUGUGACUGACCUAAGUCAACAAGUGAAUUUCAUGAAUGAAUGGAUAUUUGAACUUGGAUCUCGGUAGUCAAAUGUCACAAUUAAUACAAAGAUGAUGCUGAUAAGAUCACAGUGGACAACUGAGAAUAACAAGCAACAUUGAAAAGCAAAGCAAAAAUAAAAAUAUUCUCCAUUUUCUUCAGGAAAAACCACACAAUUCACCUAGCAAGUGAAAGAUAAAGGAAAGAAAAUCAAGAACAGAUUUCCAGCUGGAAAAUGUAGAGUAUGUGGAAUUCAAUGAUACAUUAUACAAAACGGUCAGGGGAGAUUAUUUUUCCAUUUCAGAAAAAGAGGGAAAUAUCUGGAAGUCAGUGUGGAGGAAAAGCUGAAUUGGAUAGUUACAUAGGGCAGAUAAUAAUGCAGGUCUUGCCCUGGAAGAAAGAAAAGGGCUUAAAUUAAAGCACCCCUAAACAAGGGAUCACACAUAUUUUUGACCUUCUCAAGAAUAUCAAUGGUGAAAAAGCUGCAUAGAUGUGCCUAUUGUGAGAAAAGCAAACUUCUAAUCACAAGAGAUUAUGCAGGGGAGAAUCCACUCUGGAGAAAAGCAAAUACAAAUUAUCUGAAUGUGAUAAAAGCUCAGGUCAGAACAGCUCCUUUUUCAUUAAUGGAAAGACCCACACAGGAGAGAUGCCCUACAAGUGCUCCCAAUGUGGUAAAUCCUUUAGUGAAAAUGGCAACUUGCUGAUACACCAGAGGACCCACAUGGGAGCGAAGCCGUAUGACUGUCCCGAUUGUGGGAAACAUUUCAUUGGAAAUUCCGACCUUGUGAGACACCUGAGGACACACACAGGAGAGAAACCCUUUGAAUGUCCUGAUUGCGGGAAAAGUUUCAGUCACAAUUCCAAUCUGAUAAGACACCAGAGAACUCACACAGGAGAGAAACCCUUUGAAUGUCCUCACUGUGGGAAAAGAUUUCGUCAGAGUUCCUACCUGGUGAUUCAUCAGAGGACUCACACAGGAGAGAAACCCUUUGAAUGUCCUCUUUGUGGGAAAAGUUUCAGUCGGUAUUCCCACCUGGUGAAACACCAGAGAACUCACACAGGAGAGAAACCCUUUAAAUGUCCUGAUUGCGGGAAAAGUUUCAGUCACAAUUCCAAUCUGAUAAGACACCAGAGAACUCACACAGGAGAGAAACCCUUUGAAUGUCCUGACUGUGGGAAAAGUUUCAGUCACAAUUCCUGCCUCGUGAUUCAUCAGAGGACUCACACAGGAGAGAAACCCUUUGAAUGUCCUGACUGUGGGAAAAGAUUUCGUCAGAGUUCCUGCCUGGUGAUUCAUCAGAGGACUCACACAGGAGAGAAACCCUUUGAAUGUCCUCUUUGUGGGAAAAGUUUCAGUCAGAAUUCUGACCUAGUGAAACACCAGAGAACUCACACAGGAGAGAAACCCUUUGAAUGUCCUAAUUGUGGGAAAAGUUUCCGUCUGAAUUCUGACUUGGUGAUCCAUCAGAGGAUUCACACAGGAGAAAAACCCUUUGAAUGUCCCGAUUGUGGGAAAAGUUUCAGUAAGAAUUCCAGUCUGGUGCAACACCAGAGAACUCACACAGGAGAGAAACCCUUUGAAUGUCCCGAUUGUGGGAAAAGUUUCAGUCAGAAUUCCAGUCUGGUGCAACACCAGAGAACUCACACAGGAGAGAAACCCUUUGAAUGUUCUGAUUGUGGGAAAAGUUUCAGUCACAAUUCUAGCCUGGUGGAACAUCAGAGAACUCACACAGGGGAGAAACCCUUUGCAUGUGUUGAGUGUGGAAAACGUUUCAGUCAGAAUUCCAACCUGGUAAGACACCAGAGGACCCACAUGGGAGCGAAGCCGUUUGACUGUCCUGACUGUGGGAAACAUUUCAUUGGAAAUUCCGACCUUGUGAGACACCUGAGGACACACACAGGAGAGAAACCCUUUGAAUGUCCUGAUUGCGGGAAAAGUUUCAGUCGCAAUUCCAAUCUGAUAAGACACCAGACAACUCACACAGGAGAGAAACCCUUUGAAUGUCCUGACUGUGGGAAAAGAUUCAGUCACAAUCCCCACCUGGUGAAUCAUCAGAGGACUCACACAGGAGAGAAACCCUUUGAAUGUCCUCUUUGUGGGAAAAGUUUCAGUCAGAAUUCCCACCUCGUGAAUCAUCAGAGAACUCACACAGGAGAGAAACCCUUUGAAUGUCCUCUUUGUGGGAAAAGUUUCAGUCGGAAUUCCUGCCUCGUGGAUCAUCAGAGGACUCACACAGGAGAGAAACCCUUUGAAUGUCCUCAUUGUGGGAAAAGUUUCAGUCAGAAUUCUGACCUAGUGAGACACCAGAGAACUCACACAGGAGAGAAACCCUUUGAAUGUUCUGAUUGUGGGAAAAGUUUUAGUCAGAAUUCCCACCUGGUGAAUCAUCAGAGGACUCACACAGGAGAGAAACCCUUUGAAUGUCCUGACUGUGGGAAAAGUUUCAGUCACAAUUCCUGCCUGGUGAGUCAUCAGAGGACUCACACAGGAGAGAAACCCUUUGAAUGUCCUCUUUGUGGGAAAAGUUUCAGUCAGAAUUCUGACCUAGUGAAACACCAGAGAACUCACACAGGAGAGAAACCCUUUGAAUGUCCUGAUUGUGGGAAAAGUUUCAGUCUGAAUUCUGUCUUGGUGAUCCAUCAGAGGACUCACACAGGAGAAAAACCCUUUGAAUGUCCCGAUUGUGGGAAAAGUUUCAGUCAGAAUUCCAGUCUGGUGAAACACCAGAGAACUCACACAGGAGAGAAACCCUUUGAAUGUUCUGAUUGUGGGAAAAGUUUCAGUCAGAAUUCCCACCUGGUGAGUCAUCAGAGGACUCACACAGGAGAGAAACCCUUUGAAUGUUCUGAUUGUGGGAAAAGUUUCAGUCAGAAUUUUAGCCUCGUAAGACAUCAGAGAACUCACACAGGAUAGAAACCCUUGGAACGUCCUAAUUGUGGGAAUAUUUUAGCCAGAAUUCCCACCGGGUGAAACACUAGAGGACUCACAUAGGAGAGAAACCAUAUGUGUGCCCAGAGUGUAGGAAAAGUUUCAUUAAAAAUUUCCACCUCAUGAGACACCGGAUGCCUCACACAGGAGAGAAAUCCUUCAAAUAUCCUGUCUAUGGACGAUCUUCAGGUAUAAAUCUUCUCUUAUUUCCUACAAGGAAAUCCACAUGAAGGAAACAUUGAUGAGUUUAGAGAAGGGUUGAAUUUCAUUUCUAAUCUCUCAUUAGGAAUAUAGAUGACUAACUGACUAUUUUAAUUCUGGCCUCAUUCUUUUUACUCAAACAUGUCUCAGGAUUAGAUUUGUAGGUGAAUGAAAAUGAAAAAGGGCUAACUACCUGUUUCUGGUUAGCAGCAGCAGUUUUUGGAUAUUUCAUUUUUGCAGAAGUAAUGGAAUUCCUCAAAAAGGCUUUUGGGUGGUGUUUUUUGUAUAUCGCUUAUGGAAUUUCCACAGGUGGACUUUCCAUCUUCUACCUUGGUGUCCUCCAGAUUUUGAGUCCCAGAAUUCCGCAGCCAUCAUAUUAGUAGUCCUCUAGAUACAAUCGUAAUGGGACCUGCCAAUUAUAGUUGCAUAUUGCAAUGGUUGUUAAGCGAGAUUGCCUUGCUUAACCCUCCCCACCUCCUUCUCUCCCUGAUGAAGCUGUUAAAAAUAUUAAAAAUAUGAAUAUAAAAAUAUUCAAGUCAUUAAGCAGAACAGUGACUACCUCAGGGUUGCAGGAAUGUCUUGGAGAUCUACUACACCAACUUUUGGGUCCCUACAGACCUUUCCCUCCCUACAGUGUCCCCACAGGCAUUCCUACUCCCACUGGAACCCUGCGAUCAUUAGGGCUUACUCCCACCUCACCAGGCAUCACAACCUCCUCCUUCUCCAUAUCUUUUGAAGACCACUGAACCUCAUGUUGGUGAAGGAGGGUAAGACAUUUGUGGGCUGCAUGACUGUGUCAUAAAAGCAGCCAUUAUUUUGACUGUGCCUGGGAUUCAUGUUUAGGCCAUGCGGUGGAGUUGUGGAAGGUCUGCCUCUAUCAAAAUGGUGGCUGCUUCUGGGUCACUAUCACGUGGGAUUGGGACAAAGUGUUUUGUUUUGCUACCUUAACACUUUGUAAACUGUGUUAAGGAAUUGAGGUGCACUGGAAAUGAGAUGAGGUGCACGGGAGAUCUCCAAAAGGGCAGUAUCCUUGGGCUACAUGAGAAAUAGACAAGUACUGCUUCUGCCAAUUUUGUGCUGCAAAAAAAGCGAAUUCAGUCCUAGGCUGCAUCAAUAGAGGCAUAGAAGUGAUAGAGUUACUUUACACUGUGCUGGUGACAGCACACCUAGAAUAGUGCAUCCAAUUCUGGUCACCACGAUAAAACCAGCCCCAUGAUGCUACGAUUCUAUGAAUUUAGAGGCAGUUUAGAAAAUAGGUACAUAGUAGCCCCAUAAACGUGCUUGUGCUAAAGGGACUUUUUAAAAAAAAGGUUACUUUCUUCAGAAAAUUAAUAUACAGUACAAACUCCAAAAACAGAAAGAUUUUUUUUUCAAAAGCAAAACAAAGAUAGACAAAACAUUUAAAAGAAAAAAUGUGCAUUAAAAAGGACAAAAAUAGAUUUACAUAUAUUACCAACCCCCCACUUGAAUAUUCAUAAAUAUAUUGGAGCAAUAUUAGUUUCCUACCCUUGUAAAGCAGCCCAAAAUUUAUAAACUUCUAUUUACAACCAAUUCGACGUUCAUCUAUAUACGAUAUGUAAAGGCAUUAUAAUUAACAGAUGAACCAACAUCAAAGCACUUUGUUAACAAUCUACUAUUCCGUUUAAUUUGUAUAAAGUUUAGAAUGGCUUAUUUACCAUAAAUCACCAGAACCAUUGUCUCUGUUUUGUCCAGGAUGAAAUAUCUUUGUUUGAUUCUUAUUAAUAAAACUUCUUAAAAUUUAAGUUGAGAACAAUAAGACAACAGUUGUGUCUUAUUCCCCCAAUCCUUUGGUGGAUCCAUUUAACAUAUUUACAGCAAACAAGAUGGUCAGGAACACAGAAACAUCGUGAGGUAAAUCCAAAUAUCAUAAAGAGCACACAGAAGAAAAAAAGCGGGAAAAAUGGGAAACUCCCCCUUUGCAUCUACAGCAACCAAUUAUAGCGUAGAUUGCCUCAUGUAAGAUGUUUUGAUGGUUUUGUCAUAAGGUCAGCUAAAUUAUUUUCUGGUGGACAAUAAAUUACGUCUAUUACAUUUUCUUUCACUGCUUCUCUGACUUUACAUUAUGUCAACACGCUUCCUUCUGGUUUGUACGCCCACCUGUUGUCAUUUGUACACCUUUUGUGUUAUCUUCAAAUACUGGUAUAGCUCCUUUCACUUCAAUAUCCAAAUCCUUUACUAACCAUAUAUGAAGAGAAUUGAAGACAAUUCUGAUAAUGCUAACGUUCCGGAUUAUAAAUUGUUCUAUUUUUGAUGGUUUGAAAAUCUGGUAUCAUGGGAGUUUGCACACUUUCACAACUUUCCAUAUAUUUUUAACAAUUGUUCUAUUUUCUUCUGUUGACUUGGAAUGUACCCUCUGUCUUGUAAUUUCUUUAUUUGUA